AUGUUAAGAAAGGAGAGGAAGACCAAUAAACUGAAGAACAUGUUGGGAAGUUCAGAGUCAUUUUGGUCAAGUGACACAAUUCCAGAUCCAUCGGGUUCAAACAUCCCUCUGGUCAGAACUGACAGGACUUCCAUUUAUAACACAAGAACACCACAGAGAGUCUCAUUUACCACUGACAUUCCUUAUUUUCACCGCAUCGAUAAGUGCAAUGAAGAAAAGGUGUGUGAAUAUGAAAGAAAGGCAUCUGAACUAACUUUACCAGUUUCAUAUAAUUUAAAGAAAUUAUUCCGGCGAGUUUUUCCUUUUUUAAGAUGGUUUCCCAGGUAUAGACUGAAGGCAUGGUUUAUUGGAGACCUGCUAUCUGGAAUUAGUGUGGGUCUACUGACCAUCCCCCUGUCCCUUGCUUUUGCAGUCUGUGGUGCACAGCCACCUAUUAAUGGCCUCUACACUAGUUUAGUUACCACAGUCUUAUAUUGCUUGCUUGGCACAACAGAACACCAGUCCUAUGGAGCAUCUGCAUUCACUGGUCUUCUCAUUGCUAAGAGUUUAAGUCAUAAUGAAACUCAAGAACUUAAUUCUGACAGCAACUGUACUCCAACGUGUUCGCGAGAACUUUAUGUGAUCACUCUCACCUUUGUUUCUGGAAUUAUUUUAAUUUCUAUGGGAAUUUUUCGCCUCAGUUUCCUAAGAACAUACAUCUCCAAGCCUGUUAUAAAUGGUUUCAAAGCUGGAACAGCUUUGCAUUUAUUAGCCAUUCUCCUGACUUUAAUACUUGGUAUAGAUCCGUCAAUUCAUCACGGGCCUUUAUCACUUAUCUAUAGUUGCAAGGUCAUAAUUGAAAAUAUUAAUAAAACACACACUGCCUCAGUGAUUGCUGGCUUAGCCACUUUGGCACUCUUGGUGCCUUUUAAAAUAAUAAACUCAAUUUAUAGCAGGCAUCUCAUACCUAUUGAGUUUAUCGCACUAGUUGCUUCCAUUUGGUUGUCAUUCUGGUUGGAACUAGAGGACAGCCAUAAUCUCAGGUUGAUCAAUAAUCAUCCAUUUAUUUUACCAAGACCUAGUCUUCCUUCUUUCUCUUUAAUCUCCAGUGUUGUUGCAGAUUCAGUUGCUGUUGCUCUGGUGACAUUUGCGGUUAGCAUUUCACUCGGGAGAGAAAACUCCAAAAAACACAACCAAAGUUUUCGCCCACAUCAAGAGACAACAAUUUUAGGACUUUGUGACCUGCUACUCUCAUUUCUGGGUGCGUUUGCAGCUUCUGGGGUUUGGGAACAAACAGUGGUACAAGAAAAAACCUGGGGUCAAACCCAGGCUGCCAGUUUGGUGGCAGCAAGCCUCUGUCUUACAGCUCUGCUUUGUGCAGACACCCUGCUUCCGCUGGUGCCCAAAGCAGUUCUUGGUGCUAUUGUCAUUUCAAAUCUGGGGUGUUACUUCGAGUUCUUCUGGAAGUACUGUUUUUCAUGUAAGAAGAAUAAAUAUGAGUUUGUGGCUGGAAUUACAACAUUUGCAGCAGUUUGCAUCCUAGAUAUAGAUAUUGGUUUAGGUUUUGGCAUACUUUUCUCAAUCUUACUCACUCUACACAGACUUCAGAAGCCAUCUAAUGCCAUUUUAGGCCAUAUUCCCAACACUGAAAACUACAUAGAUUUGUCCAUUGAGAAAACUGCCAAAGAAGUAGUUGGAAUUAAAAUUAUAAAAACAUUUGAUUCUAUUUAUUAUGGGAAUGUUGAUUUUUUACUGUCCUGGAUAAAACUUAAAGUGAAUUGUUAUCUUCAGUCUGGUCAGAGUUUGGGAAGUGAUGAGGAAUUAUACAGUGUGGAGGAUAAAUAUCACAUGUUACAGGAAUCUACACAAUUCACUGCAUUGGAUGAACAUGCUUUGAGACGAAUAAACCAUACUGCAUUAUAUAGACGUAAAAUAUCCAAACAAACUGCAGAUGUUCACACUAUAAUUUUGGAUUGUGGAUCAGUGAGUUUUGUGGAUGAUGAAGGAGUAAAUGCUUUGAUUUAUCUGUCUGAGCAAUACCAAAGAAUAGGAGUUGGCUUUAUCCUUGCCAGUUGUUCAAGUGCAGUUCUGAAGAGUCUACAAGAACAUAGUUACUUCAAAUCAACAAGUCAAAGCCUUAAUUUCAGCAGCAUCCAUGAUACUGUUUUAUUUGUCCUGCAACAAACAGCAGAAAGAAAUCAGAGUCUGCAAGGAUCUGAAAACAUUCUUGAGACAAACAGUGAAAUACUAACUGAAUGUGACACGGUUGAAAUUCAGACAGACACUAACAACAGCACAAAUGCAGAACUUUGUCAAAUGGAAAGAGGUGAAACUGUUUCCCAUCAGAGGAGUGGUUCAAAAUCAAAAAAUCAAAGAAUAAUUGAAUAUGAGACAGCCUUGUAA